UUUUAGAAAACAUGUAUUUUUCCAGUUAUGAUACGAUAAAUGACAUGUCAUUUACGUUGUACAUUUUUACAAGCGAGACCUAACUGUAGGUAAAUAAGUAGGUGCACGUACUACCUACCUGAUGUUGUGUACCGCGCGCAGCUAGAAAUUCGUUUUAUGCUUCAACGAUUUGUGCUGCACAAGUUGGGGAACAACCUCGCCAAUGUUUUAUACUUACUUAUUUACAAUCUGCGACAAUCGGUGAUCUUGUAGUGAUCAGUGAAGUCAAAUGUACUCUUUUUUGAUCUCCAUUGAAAAAUUAUGCCAUUCAACAUCAACACACUCAUGAAUGCAACGUGAAGUUGGAAGUUAUGUGAAUUACUCACAAUGGAAAACAUUUUUAAAGUCAAGGUGAAAACAAAUCCCGACCCACGAUGGCUGUACCCAUCUGAAAGACGUUAUUCUGCAUCCAUUGUCCUAGGCCUUGGAGUGGUUCAUCUGUCAUUUGCACUAGUAUCUCUACUAAUGGCUUCACUUACCAUUACCUCGUCAACAAUGAAUACAGAAGGAUCGCACAAUGAAACAGAUGAGAACUUCACUAACAAUACUCAUAAUAGCGAGCGAAUUGAUCCGUCGACUUCAUUAACAUUGGGACCCUGCCUAAUGUGCAUAGGCGCACUUGGCGCCGGAUUGACGGCUCUGCUGGCAUGGAAAAGAUGGUACAUGGACCACAACAUAUGUUGGUUCUUCCUUAUGUCAGUAGUGUCAACUACGACGUCACUCAUAUGUUUAGUUUUAGUUAUAGUUCUUAUUAUAAUAACCAACUCAAAGGUUGUGCGUCAUCCCAACACUAAAGAUAUGAUCACCAUAAACAUAUUAAUCGCAUCAGCUUUGGAAGCAAUUUGGUCCACUCUCUCAGUCAAGGUUAGCUUUAGCGGAAUGAAGAAUAACUACCCAGACGACAUAGUGAUUCCAAAAAUGGGAGGAAAGGUAGAAGUUAACACGAUUCAUCGAGGGAAUUUGAAGGGACAAGUGGUACCGCCCGAUAUUCUCAGUCAUUAUUGCGAAAAUAUUAAAAUACCAAAACACUUGCAGAAGAAAACGAAUGGUAAUUUACCAAACGAUGAAAGUAAUGCGGAGUAUUAUGAAAGAGUUAAUAAAUUUCUGACUUCUGAUAUCGACACCAAUUCAUCAGCGUCACUAAGCGGGAAACGAAGUAGCAACAAACAAAAUGAUUUCUCAGGCUAGAUUUUUGUGUACACGACUGAUUAGUGUUUAAAUAAAUAUUUUUUUUAUUAAUUUUUA